AAUAAGACAGACGAUGUCAGCAGCUUAUUGGACAUGUUAAUGGAACAGGAUGUAGCGAGUUGUGGCUAAAAGAGCUGAAAGGGAACGGUAGUGAGAACACACACUAGAAAUAGAAGAGUUUAAUCGAACAUCACAAGUUUACUGGAGGACGUACGUGUGAAAUGGCCGAAUACCUGCAUGUGUUUAUUCUACCGCUGCUCUUCGAUUUCUUUAGACUGGGUUUCCUUCAGAUCAUUUCAACUGAUUACAAAUCUGUUCAUCCUGGAGAAAACAUCACUCUACACUGUAACGUCGCUCAUUAUUCUGAGAUGGUUUGGUAUCGACUGAGAUCUCAGGAACUGGAACAGCUCAUAUCAGCUGAAAGAACAAAACUGGAUAAAGACUUUUAUAUUCAGUAUAAUGUGGACGAGAGUCACUUUGAUAUAACAGAAAGCAGUAGUUCAGUCGGUUUAGUGAUUACUGGAGUUAGAGAGACAGAUCUGGGAUUUUAUUACUGCGGAGGUCGAAACGACACGACACACAUUCAGUUUGGGAAACUCAUCAGACUGAACUUUCCAGCAUCUGUAAACAGCUGAUAGAAAAAAUCUCCUCUACAGUACAUGACACUGGUAAGGAACCAUAACAAUGAGAAAGGAGUGAAGGAUGUUACAUAGACUUUUGAUUAAAUCUGUCCAGAGGAGGACAAUUUUCUUCUCAGUACUUACAAACUCACACUCUACUCAGACUGUAGUAACUUUUACUGAAUUAUAUUACUGACUAGAUCAAUUAUUGAGUCUGUAUGUGAUUUCUGAGCAGUAAUAAUUAUAACCAGUUAUUGUAGCAGUUUGUUGGACACGGACUGUAGAACAGGAUGUCCGUUGUUGUGGUAAAGCCAUUUGUGUUACAGGAAGAAACCUGUAACACACUCAACUCCAUUAAAUCAUUUUGAACAGACAGGACUUUUAUUUAUGCACGUGUCAGUAGAGGAAGUGUGAGAAAUGGCCAAGCUCCUGUUUAUUCUACAGCUGCUGAUUGGUGAGUUUAUAUACUUAUAUUUACCCAAAUAGUGUUUAAGGUUCUCUAAAAGGACAUUAUAUAAAUAAUAUUGAUAUCUCAGUGGGACCUAAAUGUGUCUUAGUGGUAGUGUAAAGGUUUUUAAUGAGAUAAAGUUCUGCUGAAUUUUAUUCCAUGAGUUAAAUAAUGCAGCUGUGUGUUUAAUUUUACAGAGUGAUGAUGAAUCUUCUCGCUCAAUGUGGUGUUGUUCUUUCAGGGCUCCUGAGUCUCGUUCAGAUCAUUUCAGCUGAUCUCAUAUCUGUUGAUCCUGGACAAAACAUCACUCUGCUCUGUAGCAUCACUUAUUAUUCAGAGAUAUCGUGGUAUCAGAUGAACUCAGCAGAUGUGAGGCAGCUUAUAUCGGCCAAACAAAGGAAACUGGACAAACACUUUUAUGUUGUUUAUAAUGUAGAUGAGCGUCACUUUGAUCUAACAGAAAGCAGCAGUUCAGUCAGUUUAGUGAUUAUUGGAGUUAGAGAGACAGAUCUGGGAUUUUAUUACUGCGGAGGUCGAAACGACGCGACACAUAUUCAGUUUGGGAAACUCAUCAGACUGAACUUUCCAGAUGAUCAAAAUCACGAGUCAGGUAACUCAUCUGAGCUUCCUUAUACUGAACAGUCUGCAGGAUCUGGACCCUUCUGGAUUAUAAUCCUAAUCCUACUGUGUGUGUGUUCAGUGGCUGCUCUUAUAAUCACCAUCUGCAUGUGUGUGUUCUGUUCCAGGAACCAAGACAAGUGUGUUAGCAGUAGAGACCUGAUCGAGAAGGAAGUCAAGCUGCAACACACUGCUGAUUUGACCUGUGUGACCUACACAAGAGUCUCCUGAAGGCCCAGAAACUAUUUAACAGCAUGAAUCACCACGUCACAGAGAACCUGCUAUGAUCUGGUCUACAUCUGACCACAACAUUUAGUACAAUAAUUUUUAAUAAGUUUCAUUAAAUAGAUAGAUAUGUGAGAAUUAUUCUAAAAAGCUGUGGUCAGUUUUCAUUUAAAGACGUUUCAGAAAUGGUAUUUAUAGCGUCUCUGAAUUCUGAGUAAAGGUCUGAGCUCAUGUUUCUGUUCAGCUGUGUGCUAUGUCCUGUUCAGACCGUGUGGUUAACACCACCAGUAGCCCUCAUCUUCCUUCCCUUUUAGGAUAUGUGAAGAAAGCAUUGUGUUGUACUGAAUACUUGUCUGUGUAUAAUUCCAACAAAGCCGAAUUAAUUUAAUAAAAAGAAAAUCUCUUCAGUGGAGACCCACAGGAUUUUGUCCUUUAAUUAAUCACAAAAAGUCAGCUUUACUUUAUAAAAAAUUGGGCUUAAAAAUUAUGUAACCAGAGGUGCCAUUAUGUACGAUUUAGCUGUAGCAUUUAUGAACUGAUUUGUAGCCUGCUGCCUUGAUGAUACAAGAAUCACAUGAGAACUGUGCUUCUUUAAUUUUUCAGCUAAACCAGUGCUCAGCUAAAGCAGUGCUCCGACAAUUGAAUGAAUAGUUAAUAGAAAGUUCAAACUGAGAUCAUGUCACUAUAAAGCAGAGCAAGUUGUUGCAUUAUAAUUUAAGCUGAACAGCACACUGGAGCGUUCACUUGUCCACGUGGUGCUCAACUCACUUUGUAUGAAAGGUGUAAGGUUAGAGGCGGGGUUAGCAUGGUGGGGUUAGCAUGGCGGGGUUAGCAUGGUGGGGUUAGCAUUGUAGGUAGAUCUGUGUAAAGAACAUAAACUGCUAAAAUGUUGAAUGUGCUCAGAUCUAUAUGUACCUUCGUGAUGUGAGCAGUUUAUUGGACAGAUAAAAUACAGAACAGGAUGUAGGACCAUGUGGCUAAAACCAGGCCUGAAACACACACUGUUUUUUUUUCUUUUUUAACUCCACAAACUGAGUGUGAAACAUCAGCGCUUUUUCUCAGAGUGCUGCAGGGUGUGUGUGAGACAUGGCCAAACUCCUGUCUACAUUUAUUCUACAGAUGCUGUUUGCUUUCUUUACACCGUGUCUCCUUCAGAUCCUUUCAACUGAUCAUUUAUCUGUCCAUCCUGGAGAGAACAUCACCCUGCUCUGUAACAUCACUAAUUAUUCUGAGAUAUUGUGGUAUCGACUGAGAUCUGAGGAGGUGAAGCUGCUGAUAUCUGCUGAAAAAGGGAACCUGAAGAAAACCUUUUUCUUCACUUAUAAUGUGAACAAGAGUCACUUUGAUAUAACAGAAAGCAGCAGUUCAGUCAGUUUAGUGAUUAUUGGAGUUAGAGAGACAGAUCUGGGAUUUUAUUACUGUGGAGGUCGAAACAAAACGACACACAUUCAGUUUGGGAAACCCAUCAGACUGAACUUUCCAGAAGAUCAACAUCGUGAGACUGAUCACUCAGACACACAGCAGUCUGCACCUCCUGCACACUGUGGAGAUAUUAUUAUUAUUAUUAUUAUUAUAAUCCUGUCGUGUGUGUGUGUGGUCUCUGUUUCAAUAAGCAUCACCUGCUCCUCUCUGUACUGUUCCAGUCUACAAGAUAAGUGUUCUUUCACCGGGGACUCGGAUGAGAAGGAAGUGGACCUGCAGCUGUCUGAUUUGACCUCUGUGACCUACACAUGUGUCUCCUGACGGCCCAGAAAACAUUAGCAACAAUUUAGUCCUGUGUAACAUGUAACACUGGACUGUGUGUAAAGGCCAAUAAGACAUAAAUGGCUGAUAUAAGCAAUAUCUAAUAAAAGAAUUCCUGAAGGUGAA